AUGCUGAGCAGAGCAACAGUCCCCGGGCGGGGAUGGGCUCAGACCAGGAGGACAGCAAGCCCAUCACGCUGGACACCACCGACUUCCAGGAGAGCUUUGUCACCUCUGGUGUGUUCAGUGUCACCGAGCUCAUCCAAGUGUCUCGGACGCCUGUGGUGACCGGAACAGGACCCAACUUCUCUCUGGGAGAGCUACAGGGGCACCUGGCCUACGACCUGAAUCCAGCCAGCACUGGCAUGAGAAGAACGCUACCCAGCACCUCCUCCAGCGGGAGCAAGCGGCACAAAUCGGGCUCCAUGGAGGAAGACGUGGACACGAGCCCUGGCGGCGACUAUUACACCUCGCCCAGCUCUCCCACGAGUAGUAGCCGCAACUGGACGGAGGACAUGGAAGGAGGCAUCUCGUCCCCAGUGAAGAAGACAGAAAUGGACAAGUCACCAUUCAACAGCCCAUCCCCCCAGGACUCACCCCGGCUCUCCAGCUUCACCCAGCACCACCGGCCUGUCAUCGCCGUGCACAGUG